CUCUCGAUUUCUUCGCCACCUUGGCGACGGUGCUUCUUCUGCCUUCUCUUUAAAUUUGUUUUCUUCCGCCUCCUUGGCCGAUUGCGAUCGCCUCUGAACCCUAGGGCCGAUCCUAUCAUGGUUUCGUUGAUUCGCGCUUCCUUCGACUUUUCGGCCUUGGAUCCUUUGUCUUGCGAGGCUUCCUUUCGGUUAUCUGAAUCCAGGAAGGGAUCCCGGGCAGUAAAGAUCAGUGGCUCGCACCUAACUUUGGGUCGACGGAGCAAUGCACGCCUCAGAAUUGUGGGUUCUGUCGAGGAAAAGCACACUUCCAUUAGAAAAGCUUCUAAAGAAUCUCUCAGAUUUAUUAGAGAACAUAAGGGCAGUGAAAAACUUAUUGGAUCAGAUCCAUUUGAAGAAUUGGAAUUUAGAUUCAAGAGUUUCAAACAGAAAAAUUACACGGAGAACCUCAUUCAUUAUCAAAAACUCUCUGAGCUGCAAUCACCCAAGUUCAUGGUAAUUGCUUGUGCGGACUCGAGAGUUUGCCCUUCAAACAUAUUGGGAUUUCAACCUGGUGAAGCAUUUACAGUCAGAAACGUGGCAAACUUAGUUCCUCCGUUUCAGCAUGGGGUUUCAGAAACUAGUGCAGCACUUGAGUUUGCUGUCAACUCUCUCAAGGUUGCUAAUAUAUUGGUCGUAGGCCACAGUCGUUGUGGAGGCAUUCAGGCUCUUAUGAAAAUGAAAGAAGAUGUCAAUUCAAGAAGCUUUAUCAAUGAGUGGGUGUCCAUUGGAAAAAGUGCAAGGCUAAGCACAAAAGCUGCUGCAGGAAAUAUGAGCUUUGAAGUCCAGUGCAGACAUUGUGAGAAGGAAUCCAUCAGUGGAUCCCUGCUCAACUUGCUGACCUACCCAUGGAUCGAGCAGAGAGUUAGUGAAGGGAUCCUCUCUCUUCAUGGUGGCUACUAUGACUUCAGCAACUGCACCUUUGAGAAAUGGACUCUCGUGUACCGAGAAGGAUUGGAGGGUGGCAGCAAAUAUGCCAUAAAAAAUCCCUCUUUCUGGUCCUAAACAUAAAUUGCAAGGUGAGGAAUGAAGCUUUGGAGCCUCCUUAAUAUUGUCGAUUAUAGCUCCCUUUAGUUAUACAAAGCCAUAAUGUAUAGAUAAUAAAGCUAUGUGGCUUCAUCCACUGAUACGUUUUAAAGUUUUUACAACUUAGGAAAAGUGCAUUGCGUUGGUGAGGUUUGAUAUGCUUGGUGAGAUGUUAAUAAAGAUGUGUCUAUAUAAUAAUAUGACUGUAAAUUUUGAAAAGUCUUGUUUGGUUUAGACUCUCUUUGUAUAUACAAAUUAAAUAUUGCAAUAAUUCAUGUGAUUAAAA